AUGUCCACGGAAUCUGACGAGGCUAUUAGGGGACCCUCGGCUGAAGAGACUGCUGAGCAGCUUCAGGAAGAAAACUUUUUGCAACAAGAAGAUGACAAGGAGCUCCCAGACACCAUUGGCGAGGAUAACAUAGAGGACGACAAGAUGCCUGUUGAAGAUGUUGAAGGCGAUAUAAGGCCAGAGCCACAGUACGAUCCGGAGCUUCCAGGUGAAGAAGAGCAGAAUGAGGCGGCUGCUAAUGAACAGGAUUACGAUGAUGAAGAUAUCUACAGCAUGAAGACACAGAAGAAUGCUCUGGGUGAGCAGACCAAAAAGAAAAAGAUCAGAAAGACCGCCAGAGACGACCUGGCGACUCCAGCACCAGCAGAAGCACAAUUCCCUGCUACUUACACGGAAGAUAAAGAAUACGGCGAUAACGGAAUAGAUUACUCGAACGAGGACCCGCAGACUAGAAGACGCCGGUUGUUGGAGGAGAAGAUGGACAUGGCGGUGAAGUCGAAGACAGUAAGACGUAAGAAAGCUGACGAGGACGACUUGGAACGUAUGCAAGACGACAAGAUUGAUUUCUUGAAGGGGAAAAUGAUUGAGGCCGCAAACUUGGAUGUGGAGAAGAACUCGAAUGGCCAGAUAGCCACCGAGAAGCUCAAGCUUUUGAAGGAAGUGAUGGAGACGAUGUCAAAGGCUGAUUUGGCCAUCUCUAUUUUGGACAACAAUCUCCUUGAAGCCGUCAGAUUGUGGCUCGAACCUCUACCUGAUGCAUCGAUGCCUGCGUAUCAGAUACAGAAGGAGUUGAUUCACGCCUUGACGACAUUGCCUAUCAAAACUGACCAUUUGGUAGCUUCAGGUAUUGGAAAAGUUUUGGUUUUUUACCAGCGCAGUAAACGCACAGAACCAAGUCUAAAGAAAAUUGUCGACAGAUUGAUUGGCGACUGGACCAGACCCAUUCUCAACAAGUCCGACUCAUACAAGGACAGAACCAUCAAAUUUCACGACUACAACAAAUCACGCUUUUCAAACCAGUUGCUGUCGAAGAGAAGAAACAAACAGAUCGAGCCAAAGACGCUAUACGAGCAGCAGGCUGAGCGCAGAAACAGAGCUGCUAUUCCUAGUGCCAGAACCACAGCGUACAAGAUUGCACCUCGGGUUGAUCCCAGCUUAUUGAUGAGACAAAGUAAAGGGGGCCAUGACGAGAGAUUCACGAGAAUUAGCCGUAAGAUGACCAACUCGAGAAAGAAGGUUGUCAAGAAGAGCGGGCCUUCCAUCGAAGGAAAGAACCUCUCCAUGUAA